ACGGGACAGCAGCCUCUUCCCUUCCUUCCUUGUGUGGCACGGCUCACUUCCUUGCACUUCUGGGACCCCUGAUCCCUGGGGCUGUAUGGGGCUGGAGGUUCCCACAUUACUUUCAAACCAGCAUUUGUGUUCCCCCCUCACCCAGGUCAGGGGUGUUCUUCAAUUUCGGAGCUGCUGGAAUGGCUUUGGGGCAGAUUUGAGUUGGCUGUUGGUGUGCUGGGGUGGAAACCUACUAACUGGAGGGUGGAAACUGGGUGCCCUUGGCCUGGGGUGCCAAGGGAAGAGGGCUGUUGUACCUGUUCCUACAGCGAGUGGGUGGACCUCAGUGUUGCUAGGCAGAGGUGGUGUGUGAGAUGUAGGAUGCCAGGGCUAUGUGUGCGAGGUAGAGAGGCUUGAGGCAGCGAUGCCAGUGAGGAGGCUGAGUGCUCCAGAAGGGGAUGGGGUCCCUGGGCGAGAGGAGAGGAGGUUGAAGGAGUGGGGAAAUAGCAACCUGAGCUGGCUAGGUACAGCAGCAAGUCCUCUUGGGGGCUGCCAGGUCAUUCCUUGCAAGGUGCAGAGGUCACACCAAGAAGGGACUCCAAUGUGUUUGUGCCUCACCAGGCUUAGAAAUAGAGAGGUGUGGUUAAGACUUAGUUUCCUUAUCCUGCAUUUGUUGGGUGUUCAGAAAACGAGGUGCUCUGUGACCCUAUCCCAAACCCCAGCUGUCUGUCUGUGAGCAAACAGUGCCUGACUGCUCUUUGGAGUGGGGAGAAGGCACUUUGUCUUGCUGACCAGCCCAGCUCAUGAUGCUCCUUUCUACUGUGGAUUUUACACCUGUUUUUCACUCUUUUGUAGAUGCAAAUCUCUUCCAAUAAAAGUAGUUCUUGCUGUGUGCCUGGCUGCAGUACUCAAGAGGGACCAGGCCCUCUGGUGACAGGAGGUGCAUUGGGUCUGGUGCCUGGGGAAGGCAGGGGCAGUGGGCAGAGAGGUUUCCCAUCCUCUAGAAUCUGUGGAAUGCCUGGUUUCCGCUGUUCUUUGCUCUCCUAAGUGUGUCCAGUUAAUGAGUGAGCCCAAGUGGCAAGGGCUUGGCAGGAUUGCAGUUGCUGCUGGCACAGCCACCUCUGCCCUGUGACAAAAACAUGAGCAUCCUCUGUGUUUCCUUGGGAGCCUUCUGAACCAGCUCCUCUCCCUGGCGUCUUCAUCUAAUGGCAACAUUCAGUCCUCCAUUCCUAGGAGCUUGGCAUACGGUAGAGACCUGUUGGAGACUCUCCUGGUGUGGGCACAGCAUCCACAUAGGGGAACAGCAAGACUUGGGCGGUGGAGGGGUUCUGUGCAGGUUUGAAUGAGCUCCUCAGGGCUUGGUGGUAAGGAAGGGCUGGGCCAGGAGGUCAGAGAGAUACUGUGCUGGGGAUGAACAAGCACCAGCAGGGCACGCUGGGGCCGGAGGAUGCUGAUGGUGCAGAUGCUCCAAGCAGGUGAAGAUGUAUCUGUGCUGUGACCCACCGAGACCCUGUGCUGUGUAGCACAAGGGGCAGGGAUGGGACAUGGACAGCUGGCACUGUAACAAUGUCCAGUGUCCUGGCUGUGGGUUGCUGCCACUUGGCCCUUGUGGUGACAACGUGGGGUCACACUUGCAUUCCUGGCCCCAAGGGCAGGUUACUUACCAACUCAGGUUAAUGGCUAACACUGAGUCAGCUCUGGCAGAAGGUGGAAGUUCAGCUGUGCAAGGACUGUGGGGAGCCCUUGGGGUGGGGGAAGGUGGGAGCCAGUCCACCUCCUCCACACCACAAGCUGGGAGUGGUGCAGGGAGGCAGCAGCAUGAAUGGGGGCCACCGUGAAGUGCCUGGUGCCAGAAGCUCUGUGUUUGCAUCCUGCUCCCCACAGAAGAUGUGUUCCUGGAUGCUGAGCUGUUGCUUAGCCCUUCAACACCUGGCUGUGCAGGCCUCCUUGCUCUGCAUUUUCCAUCUUCUCCUGCUGCCCACCCUGCCUGAGGAGCUGCCCCAUGCCUGGGCCACCAGUGAGCUACUGACACGAAGCCUCUUUGCCUGUGGCAUCUCCACGAUGCUGCAGACCACCCUGGGUAGCAGGUUGCCACUGGUUCAGAUUCCAUCCUUUGAGUACCUAGUCCCUGCCAUGGUGCUGAGCUCCCACUUGUCCCUUGGUGCCAGCACGGACAGGAACGGCACGGCUGUGGCCAGCGUGUGCCAUGCACCGCACUGCACUGUUGCAGGGAGCUGGGCUGCCUCGCUGCGAGAGGUUUCCGGAGCUGUGGUGGUCUCUGGGCUGAUUCAGCUGGCGCUGGGAGUGUCUGGUCUGUGCGGGUGGGCAGUCAAGCACUGUGGGCCCAUGGUCCUGGCUCCCAGCCUCUCCAUCAUUGGGCUGUCAGCAUACAAGGAGGCUGCUUUCUUCUGCUCCACCAGCUGGGGGGUAGCGCUGCUGCUCGUGUUCCUUGCUGUCAUCUUCUCCCAGCACCUGGGCUCCUGCCGCCUGCCCUUCUGUGCUGUGCCCCAGGCUCGAGGGUGCUCCACAUCUGCCCCCACCCUGCGCACAUUCUCGGUACUGUUGCCAUUUGCUGGCGUCUGCAUCAUCUGUGCCAUCCUCAGCCACCUCCACAUCCCCUGGGAAUCACUGGACCUGGCCACGGCACGGCUGUCCUGGGCCAACAACACCUUACAAGCCCCUUGGGUCCGCAUCCCCUAUGCAGGUGAGUGGGGGUGGCCGCUGCUCACGCCCCGGACGCUGGCAGUGGGCAUUGCCAUGGCCAUCGGCUGCAGCAUGAACUCGGUGGGCUGCUACGUGCUCCAUGGGAGGCUGCUGCGAGCCCCAAUGCUGCCUUCCCAUGCCUGCAACCGGGGCCUCUGCAUGGAAGGGUUGGGAAGCCUUCUGGCAGGGCUGCUGGGCACCCCAGGGGGCACAGCUGCCAGCAUUGCCAACGCGUGCACCACUGGCCUCACACAGGUUGGCUCUCGCGCCUCUGUGCAAGUAAGUGCAGUGGCAUGCAUGGUGCUGGGCAUGUCGCCAAGGCUGGCAGAGCUCCUCACCCGCAUCCCACUGGCAGUUCAUGGAGGGCUACUCUGUGUGACCUACAGUGUGGCUGUGGGCACGGGGAUCUCCUACUUCCAGUACACGGACAUUGACUCGGGGAGGAACAUCUUCAUCGUUGGUUUCGCCAUGUUCAUGGCGCUUUUGGUGCCACGGUGGUUCAGCAUCCCUCUGGCUCACCUGGCUACAGGUUGGGUGCCUCUGGACCUUCUCUUCUUCUCCCUGCUCAUGAUGCCUGUCUUCUUAACUAGCAUCUUGUCAUUUUUCCUGGAGAACACAGUCUCGGGAACCCUGGAGGAGCGAGGGCUGGGGUCCCAGCUGGCGCUGUGGAAAGCUGGAGGAGGUGAUGGCCACCCCUGUGGAGAGAAGAGUGAAGCCAACCAGGGAUACGGCCUCCCUGCUGGGCUUAGAAGGCUACUGCCAUCCUCCUGCAAAGCCUUCCCCUUCUGCUUCCUCUGCCCUGGGAGUGAGGAAGAGCAUGAGAACGAGGAGGAAGGCAGCCAUGCCACCAAGGAGACGACUAUUGUCCCUGGAGAAGGGACACAGCUGCUCCCAAAACGUGGCUCUGGGGAGCUGCAGUCAGCCAGGAGGCUGAGUGAAAUGGAGAUGCCUGCAUGAUAGAGCACAGCUUCACCCUGCAAUGUGGAGGCAGCUCAGGGAGGAUGGGGCUGUGCCCCCAAGGCAGCUUGCGAGCCGCUUUGUUCCUUGUUCCUGAAGCCUAUGCAGAAGGAAGCUGCAUUUCCACACUCCCAGCACAAACCUUUCCCUGCUCGGGAGAGAGCUAUCAAAAGCUUCACCAAACUGCACUUCCCGGGAGUUUCCUUUCCAGCCAGGGACUGUCUGGGAGCUGACAGCCUGCUCCUUCCUGGUGCCCUGAGGACGGUGACUGGAGAGGGCUUGGCUACUUUGUGCCAUUGCAGCAGGGCAGGGGAGUGCCUAGGGGAGGGCACAGUGCUUUAGCCAGCUGCAAAGGGCUGUCACCCUAGGCUCUGCUCACCUGCUGGCACUGUGCUUAGAGGAAGAGCUGGCUCCUCACCUCCUCAGGGCUGUGUCCCAGCUUGGCCCAUGCCUCCUUGAUGCUCAUGAUGCCAGGUAGAAUCAUAGAAUCAACCAGGUUCGAAGAGACCUCCAAGAUUACCCAGUCCAACCUAGCACCCAGCCCUAUCCAGUCAACCAGACCAUGGCACUAAGUGCCUCAUCCAGGCUUUGCCUGAGCACCUCCAGGGACAGUGACUCCACCACCUCCCUGGGAGGUACAUACUAAUGCCCUGGCUCUGGCACAGUAGUACACCCCAAUGUAGGGGUACAGCUCAUCUCAGAUCCUCAAAACAGUAAACCCACUUUCACUUACAGUGUGUUGGUCCUAGCACUUCUCCAUGCUUAACUGCUACUCAGGUAUUUCUCUUGGGCAGCAAAACAGCACC